UUUCCCAGCAUGCCUCAGCUGUGGAGCUGUAUGAGGGGGAGGAGUCUGUCCUGCUGCCCUGUGAGUUUCAAACAUUUGACAUAGACGACCCCACAGUGGUGUGGAGCCGCUACGAUCUCGAUCCUCCAACCGUCCACCAGCGUCAGGAAGAUGAUGAACUUAGAGACCAAAACCAGCUUUACAGCGGCCGAACAUCCAUGAUGACUGACGCUCUGGAAACUGGAGACCUCAGCCUCAACCUGACAAAACUCCAGCUCUCUGACAGCGGCAGCUACACCUGCACCGUCAGAGCGUUAGGAGGACAACAGAGAGUGGCAGAGAUACAGCUGCAGGUCAAAGAACGAUUUCCACCCUGGGUCAAAGUUCUCCUGGUUCUCCUGGUUCUCCUGGUUGCUGGUCUUGUUGCUGCUGGGGUUCUUCUGGUACAUUUCCGGCAGUAUUUCAUGUCAGUCUACAAGGUGGAGGUGGAUUCAGAGGUGGAGUCUGUCCUGCUGCCCUGCAAAGCCACAGUUCACCUGCCUGAAGACGGCACAGUGGAGUGGAGGGACGGAGACAACGAUGUGCUCCACGUAUAUAAGAACGGCUCUGACCAGCCUGAAGAACAGCACAGUUUUUACAGAGACCGAACAGAGAUGAAGAGAAAUGCGCUGAGAACUGGAGACCUUAGUCUGACCCUGAAAUACCCCACAGACAGAGACAGAGACACCUACACCUGCACCGUCUACAGCAGGGAGAGAGACAUCCUGAUGAAGAAACAAGUCCUGCUGCAGGUCAAAG